AUGGUCUUUAUCUUGGAUGAAUAAUCCUGAAGUUAAAAAAUGUUAUAAAUUUUUAAAUUUACUUCUUAUACUUCCAGAUCAUCAAACAUUGAGCAAUCAAGUUUUAACUAAAAUUGUUAAUGAUACUAACAAAAAUAUAAAAAUUACUUUAAAAAAAGAUCAGAUAGAUAUAACUUUAACAUAUAACAGCUAG